AUGUCGUCGGGCGGAAGCGGUAGGCUAUCCAGAGAUCAGAAAAGGAAGGUGGUGGCGAGAGCGACCGAAUCCAGUCAUGCACGUGUCGUCGAGUCGAACUCUCCUUCUGAUUUCGAGACAAUUCAUCGUGAAGCCAUGCUGGAUACAUCGAAUAUGGAUACGCUUCAGCGAGUCCUUGUUGCCGAGAGCGCGUCAAAUUCGCGAAGAGAGAGAGGCUGUUGCGACCUCCCGGCUUUGGCGCCGGAGCUGACGUGUUCUCCUAUCUUGGAGGGACAAACAUGGGGGAACAUCGAGGAGACUCGUUUGACUCCCAGCAGUGUGAAAAUUCUGCUGAGAACGUGCGGAGGAGCCGGAGUAACUUUCCUGAUUCCGACGAAAGCCCAGAGGCCGUGGUCCCCUCCAGUGGGAUUUCAGUGUGUAUACGAGUCAUACUUUCAGAACGAGACCAAGCUCUGGUUUCCAAUUCCUCGUCUCGUCACGUCCUAUGCGAGACGUCGCGAUGCAGCGAUAAGCCAAUUCUUAAGCGGUGCGUUCCGUAACUCGGUAGCAUUGAUGGUGGCAGCGGCGGAGAUCAAUGUGUCGAUGAGCGUGCGGACUCUUGAAGAGCUGACCUACCUUAAGUCGAUGGGGGAUGGAUUGUACUCGAUCCAGAUGAGGCCUAACUACAAUGUGAUCGUCGACCACCCCAGCAGGACGAAUAACUGGCAGCGCUUCUACUUUUACGUCAAGCCUGAUAGUUUUGCCUUUGAGGAGCCGCCCGGCGACUCCUUUCGAUUUUUAUGGAAUCAUGAACUUGUUGAUCACUCGGAUUCAGCCUUCUAUCUCGAAGAGUUCAUUGCUAACGCUCGUACUGUCGCGUCGCUUGCUCAAGUAAGUUGGAAGGACAUCACCGUCGAGAGGAUUCGAAGAGCCGUCGACAGGAUCUCAAAGAAGGACUGGGGAUCUGAUUUACCACCUUUGAUUACCAGCAACAAGUGGCGGUUCUCGAUAUUCACUCGCGCUGAGCAGAAGGUGAUCAACGCAGCUAGAGAAAUGAAAGAACUUCCAGACUUGAGCGUGCUAAUCAAGAAGAAGUUGAGUGGAGCGAAAAAGACGCCUUCUGCGACUCCUAGUGAGACGACUCCUUCCAGGCCUUCGUCUCUCGCAGUUACGCCGGGGCCGUUUGUAGAUCCGGUUAAUAUCGAAUCUUCGAGGGAAGAGGCUGCUGAAUCGUCAGUGACUGAUGGUAACAAGAAGAAAAGGUCUGCUCCGGAUUCUUCUACUUCAGUCGAGGCUGAUGCCCCGAUCGUUCCGCUGGAAAGGAAGAAAAACCUUCCCGUGAGCGAGACGCAUCCGUUUCCGCUGCGAGGACUCCUUUGGUGGUGUCUCCGACGACCAGGGGUGGUGGUUCAGUAUGACGGUGACACUCCGCUCGCUUAUGCUCCAUCAGAAUGUGCUGAGCUUGUUCGACAUAUUCGAGGUGGUGCCAAGAAUAUGCCGCCGGUUAAGGAUCUCUUCUUCAAAGAUGCAUAUGUCGAUGCAGCGAGGACUAAGAUUCUAGUAAGGAGUGAUGGGAGCAUGAAUUACGUCGUUGAGUUGUAUGACACAAGCCUUAAAGAGACCAUCUCCAAAUUGACGCAAGCCGACAAGCUCAUGCGAGUGAAGGACGCAGCUCUCAAUCGCAAGACGAGGGAGUUCAAAGCGAUGAUUGACAAGACUGCAGCGGAGCGGAGUCGUGUGAAUUUCGGUUCCCACAAUAAGUUCGGGGAGUUGAAGGGCAAGUUCAAGGCUGCCGGCGAGAAGAUUCGAGGACUCGAGCACGAGAAAGCUGCUUUGGAGAAAGAGAAAGUUGCCUGGAAGGGAGAGAAGGUUACCACAUCCUUAAGGCACCUGAAGGAAAUCAACCGGCGGAGGGACUCCCGUAGAUACGAGGUUACGCAUGAGCGAGUCCGUGUUCAAACUGCCAUGAUCGCAAAAUGCAACAAGUGCUUUACCAAGAUUCGAGACCUCGAAACACGUCGCAGCGACUUCGAAAUAGCGAGGUCCUUGCAGAGCCAAGCUUUCGGGACGAAGAAGUGCCUCGAAGCGCUUAAGGAAAGUGGGAUUGACAUCCCGCAAGAGACGAUUGACUUGUUUGCUGAACAAGAGAAAGAGUUUGAAGAAGAGGCUAAUCGCUUAACUGUUGGUGGGAUUCCGGAAGAGCUUCUCUGCUUAUCUCCACUUCAUCUCCCGUCUCCUUUCCUGAAUGAGAAUGUCUUGGCGGAGAUCGACCCAUAUGGGUCGAACGCGAAUCUGAUCGACGCUGGAACUGCAGACAUGCGACCGAGAAUUCGAACGACCCGACUGAGAGAGACCUCGAGGGAUUAUCCGUUCAAUAACAAGGAGACAUCAGCGGGGCUUGUGGUGAACGAGGAACCGUCGAGUCCGACACUUGGAAUUAGCGAUGCGACUCUGACUCUUCCUCUGGGGGAAGAUGGGGCAGGAUCGAAUCCUGUGGAUCUGCUUGAACUCUCCGAUUCUUCAGCUGAGGAAGACGUUGGGGAGAAGUCCGGCGGGGAGAAUUCCGAUGAACAGGUUCCUGAUAGCAAUCCACAAGGAACAGAGGGGGAUCUCGUGGAGUCUUCGGCCAACGAGCAAGGCAACGGGGACGAAGUUGAGGACCCGUCUGAUCCGACAAUAGAUGGGAUUGGAGGUGCCUCUGAUCAGCUUGGAGCUCAAGUCGUCGUAGAAGACUUUGAUCGCGCUGAAGACUGA